GCGUUCUUCGCAUAGCAACAGGAGGACGGCGAAGAUGGCUGACAGUAUGGACCCCGAUAAAUAACGUCUGGGAGGUUGAAACAACAACAGGCAGUGGCUGGAGUUUUUAAUUUUCAAACGGGGUGACUUGAGUCCUCCAGGACCUUCAUCCCACAAAGUCCAUGGCGUCCGCUCAGAUCCGGAUCAGCCAACAGGCCUUGGCGGUGCUGGAUGUGGCACUUCGCGUCCCUUGCAUCUUUAUUAUCGACGCCAUUUUUAACUCUUACUAUGAUCCCGGGUCAGGAUGGGCCGGGACAGCAGGCAAGAUUUUCAUCAGAGUCAUGGGUAUCCUAGUGUCCAGUGUGGUGCUGGUCCUUUCCCAGAAGGCCCUGUUCAAGUUCUACACCCUCUUCUUCGCCGUGCUCCUGGGAAUGGUGGCCGUCCUGAUCAACUACUACGCCACCUCCCACAUAGACUUCUACAGCGCCUACUACAAAGCGGCUCUGGGCUUCCGGCUGCUGCCCAGGAACGGCCCCACCCUUUGGCUGGGCAUGGCAGUGCUGCAGCUGGUUUUUGGCAUGGGCUACGUCUUCCUGCUCAACAUCCAGUCUGUGUGCGCCGCCCUGGUGGUGCUGGACAUCAUGAUCCCCCUGUGGGGGCUGAUCAUCGAGCUGCCCGUGGACGUGAGGCAGCUGGUGGCCGUGGCCUCGGGCCUGGCCCUGGCCCUCCACACGGCGGUGUGUCUGGCGCUGAAGCUCAAGUGGUUCUACUACUCGUGCCGCUACGUUUACCUGCUCGUCCGGCACAUGUACCGCAUCUACGGGCUGCAGCUCCUGGUGGAGGACACCUGGAAGAGGAUUCGCUUCCCGGAUGUGUUGAGGGUGUUCUGGCUGACUCGCAUCACCGCGCAGGCCAUCAUCCUGGUGUACGUGGUCAGGGCCGUGCGCCACGAGAGCGCCGGGGUGGGCGCCGACGUCGGCGCCGCCGCCGGCGAUCACCACGGCUACCUGACGCGGGACGUGUUCUGGGACCUGUUCAGCAACCUGAUCAUCAGCGGCUGCGACUCCACGCUGACCGUGCUGGGGAUGAGCGCCGUGAUCUCGUCCCUCGCCCACUACCUGGGGCUGAGCAUCCUGGCGUUCAUCGGCUCCACCGAGGAGGAGGACAAGCGUCUGGGCUUCGUGGCGCCCGUCCUGUUCUUCAUCCUGGCCCUGCAGACGGGCCUGAGCGGACUGGACCCGGAGGACCGGCUCAUCCGCCUCAGCCGGAACAUGUGCCUCCUGCUCACCGCCAUCCUGCACUUCAUCCACGGCAUGACCGACCCGGUCCUGAUGUCGCUGAGCGCCUCCCACGUCUCGUCCUUCCGCCGCCAUUUCCCCGUGCUCCUGGUGUCGCUGAGCCUGUUUGCUCUCCCGGUGAUGCUGAGCUACGCGCUGUGGCACCACUACGAGCUCAACACCUGGCUGUUCGCCGUCACGGCCUUCUGCGUGGAGCUGUGCUUGAAGGUGCUGGUGUCCCUGACGGUGUACGCCCUCUUCAUGGUGGACGGCUACCACAACGUCCUGUGGGAGAAGCUGGACGACUACGUCUACUACGUGCGCUCGUCCGGCAACGUCAUCGAGUUUGUGUUCGGCAUGAUCAUGUUCGGCAACGGGGCGUACACCAUGGCGUUCGAGUCGGGCAGCAAGAUCCGGGCGUGCAUGAUGUGCCUCCACGCCUACUUCAACAUCUACCUGCAGGCCAAGAACGGCUGGAAGACCUUCAUCAACCGCCGCACGGCCGUGAAGAAGAUCAACUCCCUCCCGGAGAUGAAGGGGGAGGAGCUGAGGGACAUUGAGGACGUGUGCGCCAUCUGCUACCAGGAGUUUGCCACGUCGGCACGCAUCACGCCCUGCCACCACUACUUCCACGCCCUGUGCCUCCGCAAGUGGCUCUACAUCCAGGACACGUGCCCCAUGUGCCACCAGAAGGUGUACAUCGAGGAGGACGGCCGCGACCGGCCGCCCUUCUCCAACAACAACGGCUACGCCGCCCCCGGUGGCGAGGAGGACGGCGGGGACUUUGCGGAGCGCCGGAUGGCGGAGGAGGCGGCGGCGGCAGGUGGGGCGGAGCCUGAGAACGAGCUGCUGGAGGAUAAUGACAGCAUAGAGUACGACGAGGACGAGUGGGCGGCGCAGAACGGGGGCUCGCCCGUAGAGGAGGACUAUGUUAACGACGACACAGACUCGAAUGGGGACUAAACACAGACACGUUCAUGUAUAGAGAGAGAAAUAUAUAUAUAUUUAAGUUAAAACUAAACAAACAACAAAAAAAAGAGAAGAAAACAUCUAAAUUUUUACAACAUCAGGGAAAUUGAUUAUUUUCUCUCCAUCUAGAAUAUCUUUUUUUUUUCGGGAGGGGAUAUGUCUGGGCUUGCCCAUCCAAGGGCUUGGUCCAGAUUUAAUUACUGUACUAGUGUGCCUAGACAGGGGUAGGGGUGGGAUCCAAGAGGUGCAGCUCAGUGAGAGACACACAUUCCUCUUGUUUCGUAGGGAUGGCGUUGGUCGUGUGCUUGCUGUUUGGCUGAGCGAGAGAGAGAGAGAGAGAGAGGGAGAUGGACAGGAAGCAGAGAAAGGAGACAGGAAGUGGAGGGCAGUUCCAGAGAGUGAGGUCUGCAGGUGAUGUGCUACUGUAUUCUCAGAUAUAGGCUACCUCUUUAUCUACUACUGGUCUCUUGUGUGACCUUGCUUCAAUUGUGUACGUUAUUGUACAUGUAAUUAACACACACAUGCACCUUCCCUUGAGAGAAAAAGGAGAAGGGUUGUAUUGUAACGAGUAUUUGGAGAUGAGAGCCUUCAUUGCUCCACGCUCCGCUCAGUCACCAUAUCUGUUCAUGGCUGAUCGCUGCUUUUUUGAACCAAGCUGCUCGGCUACAAAGAAGGUUUCUGCCAAGAUCAUUUGCAAAGGUGUUCACCUAUCAUCAUUUUUGCAAAUUCCAUUUGGCAGUGAUUUUUUAAAAGUUUUUUUCAUUUUACAUUCAUGAUCAACACGCUUCUUAACAAGCACAAGUGAGUAUGAUGUUAUCUAGAAAUGACAACACCUUCCAGAGCGAGACUGUCUUAAAGAUUUUAUUUAAAGGUUUAAUUAUUCGUUACAGUGGUAAUAAUUAAGACUGAUGAAAGUAGAAGCGGCUGUGAGGUAUCACCCUGUUCUGACCAGGACAGACAUCACAUUCUGUUCAACAGCUGUUUGUUUCAAGAAGAAGGACUUUGAUGAUUGGAUUAGUUGUUAGCAUUUUGGGGGAAAAGGUAAAGUUGUUCAUUUUUGCCUUUUUGUUUAAAAAAAAUUGAUGUAAAUAAAAAUCACCUUUAAUAAUG